CUGCUUAGUUAAGAAACUAGUGAGGUGAUUAAAAAUAUUUAGUGAGAUUAAUAUGUUGCGUGUUAUUGCGGGUAAAUACCGCGGAAGAAAAAUAGUUACAGGUAAACAGCUAGCUGCAAGGCCAACCAUGAAUAUUGUUCGAGAGGCAAUAUUCAAUAUAUUUCUCUCAAGAAAGUCGAUUCACAAUUUAAAUGUGCUCGAUUUAUUUUGUGGUAGCGGCGCUCUGUCAUUUGAAGCAAUUUCUCAUGGUGCCAAACAUGCAUUUAUGGUGGAUUCGGACUAUUAUAAUUUGCAAUUACCAAAAAAAACAGCUGAAAAUUUUGGCAUUAUAAAUAAUAUUACGCUUAUCUGCUGUAGGGCUGACAAAUUACCGAAACCUCUUUCUCAAUGUGGUGUAGUUUUCAUAGACCCACCUUAUCAUAGCAACUUAGUUGAAUCAACUUUGGAGGGAUUAGCUGGUUCAGGUUGGUUAAGUGACGAUGCAUUGACAGUCCUGGAAAUUAGAAAAAAUGAAGAUUUUCACUGUAAUAAAAAUUUUAAUGUAGUUUUAGAGCGUACUUAUGGCAUAGCAAGAAUAAUUUUUCUUGCAAAAUUAUAGUGUAUGAAACUAUCUGAGAUGGAUGAUUCCAGGGCAUGAUGGUCAUAAAAGAGAACGCUAUUACACUCUGGAGCUAUACAUCUAAGCCCAUCAAAUCU